AUGCGUGAAGUUAUCUCAGUACAUGUGGGCCAGGCUGGUGUUCAAAUCGGUAACGCCUGCUGGGAGUUGUACACUGUUGAGCAUGGUCUCAGUCCCGAUGGUCGUCUUGCUGAAGGAUUAUCCCACAACGACGAGGGUUUCAGUACCUUCUUCUCUGAGACCUCGUCAGGCAAACAUGUACCACGUUCUUUGUACGUCGAUCUUGAGCCCAACGUCAUUGACGAGGUCAGGAGUGGCCCCUACCGCAGUCUUUUCCAUCCUGAGACCAUGGUAACUGGUAAAGAAGACGCAGCCAGCAACUAUGCUCGCGGUCAUUAUACUAUUGGAAAGGAGAUGAUUGAUACCGUGAUGGACAAAAUCCGUCGCCUUUCAGAUAACUGCUCUGGUCUCCAAGGAUUCUUCGUCUUCCAUUCCUUCGGUGGUGGAACUGGUUCCGGUUUCGGUGCUUUGAUCCUUGAACGCCUCUCCACUGACUACGGAAAGAAGUCCAAGCUCGAGUUCAGCGUCUACCCAGCCCCCACACUCGCUAACUCUGUUGUCGAGCCCUACAAUUCCGUCUUGACCACGCAUACUACCUUGGAACAUUCUGACUGUUCUUUUAUGGUUGAUAACGAGGCUAUUUACGACAUCUGCAAGAAGAAUUUGAACAUUCCAUUACCAGGCCUUACCAACUUGAACCGACUCAUUGCUCAGGUUGUUUCUUCCAUUACCGCUUCCCUCCGUUUCGAUGGCUCUCUUAACGUUGAUCUCAACGAGUUCCAAACUAACCUCGUUCCCUUCCCUCGUAUCCAUUUCCCGCUCGCUACGUUCGCCCCUAUUAUUUCUGCUGAGAAGGCUCAUCAUGAGCAGAACUCUGUGGCCGACAUGACAUUCUCUUGCUUCGAGCCCGGCAACCAAAUGGUGAAAUGUGAUCCUCGAGAGGGCAAAUAUAUGGCUUGCGCUCUGCUCUACCGUGGUGACGUCGUCCCUAAGGAUGUAAAUGCUGCUGUGGCCAUCAUCAAGACGAAGAGGACCAUUCAAUUUGUCGACUGGUGUCCAACUGGAUUCAAGCUCGGUAUUUGCAACGAACCUCCUGCACACGUUCCUGGUGGCGAUCUUGCCAAGGUUACUCGUAGCAUGUGUAUGCUCUCCAACACUACCGCGAUCUCCUCCGCAUGGAGUCGUCUGGACCACAAGUUCGACCUCCUGUACUCCAAACGUGCCUUUGUUCACUGGUAUGUUGGAGAAGGAAUGGAAGAGGGUGAAUUCUCUGAAGCCCGUGAGGAUUUGGCAGCCCUCGAAAAAGACUACGAGGAAGUUGGUAUUGACUCUGCUGAUAUUGAGGAGGCUGGUGAAUACUAG